CCAACACGCUAAAAGGCUCCCCCAAAUUGAAGUUGCUCUCAAAGCAAAAAUUUGUUAGAUGGGUACCAAUGCUGACUAGACGUGAAGGCCUUAGUAGACAAAUCAUCCACUUGAUAUGCAGUUGGCAAGUAGUAGAGAAUCAUGAUCUUAUCACGAACCAAAUCACGAAUAUAGUAAAUGUGAAUCUCGAUGUGCUUAGUGCGAUCAUGUAGGACGGGGUUGAUUUUAAUCUAGAUGGCACUCCUAUUAUCUACAAAGAGAGGCAUCGACAUCUCACCAGAAAUGCCAAAAUUGCCAAGCAAGUGACGAAGCCACAUUCGUUCAUAACCGACCUUAGACAUCGAGCGAUACUCCACCUCAAUAGAAGACUUAGAAAACUUAUCAUGGUUCUUCACCACCAAGAUAAGAAAGCCUUCCCGAAACGCACACACUACCACCCAGUAGUAGAUUGUCGAGUGCCCAUGCAACCUGUGAAAUCAGAAUAAGAAAAGGCUUGCAACUCCAUUGUAACUGUGGGAGAAAAAAUAGACCAACAUCCACCGUCUGCUGAAGAUAAAGAAUAAUAUGAUGAGCUGUGAUAAGAUGAGCAUCUCGGGGAUGAGCCAUAAAUUGGCUAACCACCUGGAUAGCAUUAAAGAUGAGUUAAGUAAAUCCAACUUCGAAUAAGAGAUUGAUAUUGAGAACCAUUUGCAAGUAGUGUCCUUGCGUGUCGGUUGAGCUUAACAUUAAGCUUCAUAGGUGUAGAAUCAGGCCGAUCUAUGAUCAAAGUGAGUAUCAUGGAGCAAAGCAUCAAUAAACUUAUGCUAACUCAAGAUAAUACCACUCGGAUUCCGGGUCACUUUAAGUCCCAUAAAGUACGACAAAGAGCUGAGCUCCUUGGUAUCGAAAGUUGCAUGUAAACCAGCAUUUGUACAUCGUGUGAACAAGGAUGGGUUACUAAGGCUCUGGGAGAACCCUAAUCUCGUAAUCGUUUGCCGGAACUUCUCAAACCAGACCCUCGGUGCCUAUUUAAGACCAUAUAUAUAAUUGACAAUUCAAUCAACAAACUUGUUCUGAUGUGCCACAAGAGUAACCAAGAGGACGCUCCAUGUAAACCACAUCAUGUAAGUCACCAUGGAGGAAGGCAAUCUUGACAUCCAGCUCCAGUAAAGGCCAUUUCUUGAUCAAGGCAACAACAAUCAACGUGUGAACCGUCUGCAUCUUCGCCAUGGGUGCAAACGUCUUAGUAUAAUUGAUGCCAAUUCUUUAAUAAAGCUCUACGCGACAACACGAGCCUUAUAUCUCUCGAAGCUGCCAUCUGGAUUGAGCUUCAAAGUGUAGACCCACUUGCUGUGAAUAAAAGAAACAUGAGGUGGUGGUCAAUCAACGAGAGUCCACAUAUCAUUCGCAUGAAGUGCAUCAAUUUUGGUAUCCACAGAUGCAUCCCAAAGUGGAUUUCCUUUAGCUUGCUUGUAGCUGGUGGAACCACAAUGGAAUCGACAUUAAAAGUGACAAAGUAACGCAUAUAAGUGGGUGGUUCCCAAAAUGUGGACCGGGUAGCCCGACAGAGUGCAUCUAGUGGAGGGGAAGGAGAUGGCGAGGAUGGUGGUGAUGAUAGAGCGGAUGAUGGAGCUGACAAAGACGAAGACGACAAGGGACACAAUAAAGAUCAUCAUCAGUAGCAAGGAGCUCUCUUGGAUUGAUACUAUCAAACGACAAGGUACACAAGGAAGAAGAGAAUGACUUGGAAUCCAAGGAAGAUUCCAACAAUGGAAGGUGAUCAAAGAACACCACAUUAUAGGACACAUGAACCCUAUCUAAGGAAGGAUCAAAGCAAGGAAGGAUCACAAGUUACUAUGGAAGACGAUAAUCAAGGAAAAGCUUAUGAUUGCCAACGGGAUAGGGCGGUGGAUGACUCUCAAAACCCGAAGGAGCUGAUCGCAUCGAGGGGGGACUCCACUUCAAAAGUAAUGGACGUUGUGGAUGGCUUGGAGAAUGGUAAGUUUAUGGACACACUUGUGUCCCAAAUACAAAAAGAUCUGGUUCUUGCUGAAGAGGAACCUCUGCUGGUUGAGGAAGGUGAUUAUGACACCAUUAUGGAACGAGCUGUUGACCUGCUAGGUGUGGUGGGAAGAUACAUGUCAGAGAAGAAACCUAAUUUAAAAUCGUUAAAGAUUGCACUGAGCAAAGCGUGGAAUCUGCAAAAGAACUUCCAAAUCAAAGACCUGGAAGAUCAGAUGUUGGCCUUCCAGUUUAUAGAACGCAGUAACCGGGAUAAAGUUCUGAAUGGGGGUCCAUGGCAUCAUGACAACAACUUGCUCAUCUUCAAACCGGCAGACCUGUCCAACAAACAAAAGAAGGAGGAUUUCUUUAACAUGGGAAUUUGGAUGCACGUCAUGUCACUCCCGAAUGCACUGCGCACCACGGAGAUGGCUCAUAAGAUAGGAGCGAGGCUUGGGAAACUAAUCUGGGUGGACAAUCGUCCUGAAGGAAUGUGGGACGACUUUUUGCGGCUGCGAGUAGAGAAGGACAUUCGAAAACCAAUCAAACCAGAACUAAAUCUGAACCUGAAAGGUGAAAUUAAAGGUUUUGAGAUACGGUAUGAAAAGUUACCUCUGUUUUGCUUCAACUGUGGGUUGAUUGGCCAUCCAAAGACGAAUUGCCAGAUUGAAAGGGUGGCUGAGAGUAGUAAGUAUGGAACCCAUAUUCGUGUGGGACCCCUACAAAACAAACCAUGGCGAUCGAAAUUAGAGAAAGAAGAACAGGGGAAAAUCUGGGUGGCACUCAGAGCUAAAUUUGACCGAGAGUUGUUUAAUGAGAAAAACAGGCAAGAGGAGAAGGAUGUAAGAUCAUCAUUGCUAGCUGAUAAGAUAGCAGAGUUGCAGAGGCAAGAAAGAGAAGCAACAAUCCAACGCCCCCCCAGCAAUAAGUGACUCAAAAGAGCCUUGGAAGGGAUCUGCUGAAGAAAUAUGGACUACCAGAGAAGCUAUUGCUCGGGGUGAAUACACCCUGGAAUUCUUACAGAAAAAGGCUGAGAAGGAAAAAUUACAGAAAGAAGAGCAAGCCAGAAAAGGUGAAACCGAAAGCAAGAACCCCCCUGGGAAGGAGCUAAGUAUUCCCCUAGAUAAUAUAAAGUAUGACAUGGGAGUUUCGGAGAACAAAUUACAGACACAUCAAUCACAUAAGACGUGGAAAAGACAAGAGUCGGUCAACAGGAAGUCUGCAAAUACUGCUGGAACGCAGUUAACUCCUCAGAAGAGAGGAUCAGAGUUAUCUGGUUCUCGGGAGGCUAACUCCUUGACUACUACUCAGGGUACAAGGGAGACACACGAGGGGAAGAAGCUGAAACUGGAUGAGCAACUAAUGUUGAAGGAUGGCGAAGAGGCGGACCUUGCCGAGGAGCAAGGCCGCCCAGCUCAAUGAGUCUAUUGAGCUUUAACUAUCGUGGGUUGGGGAAGACCACGACAGUUAGAAGACUCUCGGAGCUUCUCCGGGAGAAAGACCCCAGUCUAGUGUUCUUAAUGGAAACAAAGAAAAAGGAGGGUGAAUGGGAACAAGUUAUGAAAGAGCUGGGUUGGAGUAAUGGUAAAGGAGUGGGUUCAAGAAAGCGGGCCGGUGGACUACUGAUGUUGUGGAAAGAUGAGGUUAAAGUGACUGUGAAGGGACUCUCCUGGAACUAUAUUGAUGUGGAAGUUGAAGGCCCUGCGUCUGUUGGAAAGUGGAGACUUACUGGAAUAUAUGGGUGGCCUGACAGUGAGAACAAACGACUCACCUGGGAUAUAAUCAGAAGACUAAGAGUACAAAUGGACCUGCCCUGGCUACUGUGUGGUGAUUUUAACCAAGUCCUUGGUUAUGAGGAGAAAAAUGGUAACAGACCCCCUGAUGUACCUAGCAUGGAAGCUUUUCGUGACGUAUUAGAUGAGUGUCAACUUGAGGAUCUGGGUUACUAUGGUCCUACAUUCACAUGGGACAAUGGGAGAACAGAUGAGACCUUUCUUUAGGAAAGGUUAGAUAGGAUGGUGGCCAUAUCUGGAUGGAAAUCUAUGUUUCCCGAAGCGGCAGUUUAUCACUUGACCAGAAGCAUCUCAGAUCAUCUUCCAAUCCAGAUGUUUAUUAAACACAAGGAGGAGAAGAUGAGAUGGGGAUGGAAUUACCGCUUUGCGGCGUACUAGCAGGCUAAUGAGGAGUGCAGUGAUGUCAUAAAGCAAGCUUGGAACGAACUCGCUGAGGGAAGUCUGGAAAACAGAUUUAAAAUGUGUGAGGAGGUCCUAACGAGAUGGAGUAAGGAAACCUUAGGGGACGUGAGAAGGAGGAAAAAGAAGGAAGAACAUGUACUGGAAAAGCUAUCUAAACUCAAGAAAACCAAGGCCAUCAUCUUACAGAGACGAGCAGUGUAGAAGGAGCUGAAUGAGUUGGUACUACAGGAGGAAAUUAUUUGGAAACAAAGGUCGAGAACAGAAUUGUUAAAAGAAGGGGACAAAAAUUCAGGUUUCUUCCACGGGAAGGCAUCCGAUAGACGAAAUCGGAACACAAUUAAAGAAAUUAAAGAUGUGGAAGGGCAGAUAUUCUCUGGACAGCAGCAGGUCACUGAAUGUAUGGUUGAUCAUUACAAAACACUUUAUACAAGAGGACCAAGAAGUACAACAACCACAGUUCUAGAUGCAAUGGAGGGUUAGGUGACUAACCAGAUGAAUAUGAUGAGGAUGGCACCGGCAACGAAGGAGGAAGUUUGGUUUGCAUUGAAGCAUAUGGGCCCAACAAAGGCGCCAGGAUCAGAUGGACUUCCAGCACUGUUUUUUCAAAAAAAUUGGGCCACUGUGG